AAGUUCAAUUUCGUGUACGAUGGCGUCGCAUGUUUUAUUACUGCUCUUAUUAGUCGGUACCGCGACAUCAUCCGACGAAUCUCUAUUUCCGCGGUUCGUGGAGCCCGUGACCAACGUGACGGUGACGGUGGGCCGCGACGCGCUGCUCGCGUGCGUUGUAGAAGACCUAAGGGGCUAUAAGGUGGCAUGGGUCCGCGUUGACACGCAGACGAUUCUGAGCAUCCACCACAACAUCAUCACGCAGAACCCGCGCAUCAGCCUGUCGUACAACGACCACCGCUCGUGGUACCUGCACAUCAAGAGCGUGCAGGAGGUGGACCGCGGCUGGUACAUGUGCCAGGUCAACACCGACCCCAUGCGCUCCAGAAAGGGAUACCUGCAGGUCGUUGUUCCGCCCGUGAUCAUCGACAACAUGACAUCGACGGACAUGGUGGUGCGCGAGGGCACGAACGUCACGAUGGUGUGCCGCGCCACCGGCUACCCCGAGCCCUACGUCAUGUGGCGCCGCGAGGACGGCCAGGAGUUCAACUGUAACGGGGAAUCAGUGAACGUGGUGGACGGAGAGAACCUGACAAUAUCGAAGGUGUCGCGACUACACAUGGGCGCGUACCUGUGCAUUGCGAGCAACGGCGUCCCGCCUUCGAUCAGCAAGCGAGUCAUGCUCAUGGUGCAAUUCCCACCGAUGCUAUCGAUCCCGAACCAGCUGGAGGCCGCGUACGUGGGCCAAGACGUGGCGCUGGAGUGCCACACCGAGGCCUACCCCUCCUCCAUCAACUACUGGACCACUGAUCGCGGGGACAUGAUCAUAUCAGGAACCAAAUACAUCACGAAUUUAAUCGACGAGGGAUACAGCAGGAAAAUGAAGCUAACGAUACGAAAAGUAUCGUCAAGGGACUUCUCAUCAUAUCGCUGUGUUGCUAAAAACUCGCUCGGCGAGACUGAUGGACUAAUCCGUCUUGAUGAAAUAACUGCUCCACCCACAACAAGCACAGCUGUUAACUACGUCCCUACAUCUUCAGAUAAGAAAAAAGGUAAAAAUAGAAGUCGCUGGCGAGAUGGCUCUGCCGAAAACAGAGUGAUAGGAGAUUACGAGGUUGAAGAGUGGAAAGAUUCCGGAGGUACGGAUUACGAGUCCACACAAUCAUCGCAUUCGUCACGGCGCCGUUGCGGACUGGUCGCAGUGGUGGCGGCGCUGCUGGUGACCAGCUGACACGCGCUGGUCGUCGCCACCCCGUGCCAAUACCACACGUUGUGCUAAACGAGAUACGAUAGCUUGGAUAAGUAAUUUUUGUAUAUUACAAUAUAACCGCACCUUUAGAAUGAAGCAAAGCCAUACACUUGGCUAGGAACAGAUGCCUAGAUAGAGGGGCCUAGUCUUCGACAGAAUGACAUGAUGUCACGGUCCUCGGCAUUGAGGGAACGACUGCAGAGAAAGAGAAACGGAACUGAUCCAACUCAAUAGCGAUUUGUUUCAGAGUUACGUCGGUUUCGUUCCAAAGGUGCGAUAUGUUCUUGUGUAUCAUUGUUAAGUUAUACGCUAAUAUCUCAUUGAGGUGUGAAGAUGCUGAGGGAGAAAUGUAAGCAUCUUAUCGACGGUAUGAGAUAUCAAUCAGUGAUCGGGGAUUUGGAUGCCACACGGGGUGAAUGACCUCAAACAUUAUAGUAUGGAUGUGCCGCGGGAUUCCAAACUUUAUGUGGUUAGAAAAAGGACAGUUUUUUAUCGUAAUUUAUUUACCUACUUUUACACUAUUAUCAAUUUAUUGCUAUUACGGGUCAAUAUUUUAAAUAAUAAAUGCGACAUAAAAUCAUCAUUGUUAUUACUCCUGAAUUUAUUUUUCUUAAUUUAUUAAUAGGCCUUCCCUCACUUACAAUAAAAUAUGUGAUUUAUAAAUUAAAGUGAAAAUUCACGGGCCGGAUGGCAUAUCCAUAUCACUGUUUCUACUUGACAUCCCGCAGUGUGGCAUCCAAAUCCCCGAUCACUGGAUAUCAUGAAAAUUGCUCAUAGAAAUAAAUGGACACGGCGUUUUACGUGUUUCACGUUUUAGGUUUCAGGCAUAUACUUAUUUGCUAAAAAUAUCGUACAGGCAAUAACGUACCGUUACCCGGAAAUUUUAUAAAAAUAUGUUUACCUGCGUGCUGCAAUUCUUUUGUUACUUCGAAGCACAGGAAUGCUCGGGUAAUCUUGAAAGGGGAAUCUUGAUAUGAUGGAAAUAAUGGUGAUUUUUAUGUGAGUAUGUGACUUUCGAAAUUAGACGACUUUCGAAAUUACCCCAAUGCCCCUAUUUAUUAUAAACGGGAUGGCAGGAAAAAAGUCAGUUGCAAUAAUUGUUAGAUUCUUAGGUUCCCUGUUUGUAGUUGUUUUGUACGGUGUUAUUACAAUUUGUAUUUUGUUUCAAAAUCAUAUGAAAUUUCCUAGAUUUUAGAGUAUUAUAUUCUAUAUGUAGUUACAACAUGGACAUCGAAUCCUAUUAGCCUCCUAAGGCUCAUGGUCCAACAAUCUACACGAAAUAGUUCGAUGAAAUUUAAACCAUGUUCUUUUGGGACAACGUUGCAUUUGCUUUGUUUCAUUAAUAUUAUAAACAAAACAAAAUCAACCCUAUUCUGCUUUGGAUUUUUUUAAUUGUUUGACUGGGCCUUCGGAGGACAGAUAUUUUUGUGAAAAUGUAAUUAGUGAUGUCAUUAGUGUAAAUAUAUUUUUAUUGUAAUGAUAUUUCUCGAUUAAACAAAGACUGAUAGAUGAAUAUUAUAAAUGUGCCAUAUCUAACGAAUAAUUUAGCAUCACUAAUGGUAGUUAAUACAUUGU